UCAGUAGACUUUCUAAUCAAAUUAUUAAUUUCAGUUGACUUUCUAAUCGAAUGCAUCUACAAAACACCCUUUGCCAUUUGCUUCUCCUCACAUAUUAGUCUCUCCAAACCAAAAAUGCUUUUCUUCUCACAUUUCUUGGUUGUGCUACUCUCCACAUCUCUCUUCCUCUUCUUCCUCCACAAAUGGCGCCGAAGUCAUUCUCCAGAGCCCCGGAAACGCCUGCCUCCGUCUCCACGAAAGCUCCCGUUAAUCGGAAACCUCCACCAGCUGGGCUCAGUCCCCCACAGAUCCCUCCAGUCACUCUCCCGCCGCCACGGCCCCCUCAUGCUUCUCCACUUCGGCAAAGUCCCCGUUCUUAUCGCCUCCUCGGCUGAGGCUGUGCGUGAGAUCUUGAAAAACCAGGACCUGAUCUUCUCAAGCAGGCCCCAACUCAGCAUCGCAAGCCGGCUGUUCUACAACAACCGGGAUGUGAUAUUCGCACCGUACGGAGAACUAUGGCGGCAGAACCGCAGCAUAUGCGUGCUUCAUCUGCUGAGCAGCAAAAGUGUUCAAUCUUAUCGCGGCGUGAGGGAGGAAGAGACUUCUCUCAUGGUCGACAGGAUUAGAAGGUUGGGUGCUUCUUCAAAGCCCGUGAACUUGAGCGAUGUCAUUCAGUCGUUGACAAUCGACGUGAUCUGUAGGGUGGCGCUGGGGAAGAAGUAUAGUUUGGAAAGUGAUUUCAAGGGGAUUUUUGGUGAGUUUGGGGAGCUGGUGGGGAUUUUACCUUUGUGGGAGUACAUUCCUUGCCUGAGAUGGAUGAGAAGGUUUGAUGGUUUGGAUAAGAGAGUAGAGAGAGCUGCUGAGAAGAUGGAUAGGUUUUUGGAGGUUGUGAUUCAAGAACAUAGAGUAAGGGAGAGGAAAGAGGGAGAUGGUGGUGUGCUGGAUUUUGUGGACAUAUUGCUUGAUUUUCAGAGAGAGAAUGCAAGUCUCACUCCUAUUGAAGAUGAUACUAUCAAAGCUAUCGUUUUGGAUAUGUUUGGUGCUGGAAAUGAUACUACAUAUAUAGCUCUUGAAUGGGCGAUGACGGAGCUCAUAAGAAAUCCAGAAACAAUGAAAACUUUACAAACUGAAGUGAGAGAAGUAGCUGGAAAUAAGGAUGAAAUUGAUGAGCAAGACUUGGAGAAAAUGCCUUAUCUGACAGCAGUGAUAAAGGAGAGUCUAAGGUUGCAUUCGCCGAUCCCAUUGUUGAUCCGUCGUGAAUUAACUCAAGACACAAUAGUAUUGGGCUAUGACGUUGCAUCUGGUACGCGUGUGAUGAUUAAUGUUGGGGCGAUUUUAAAGGACCCAUCACUGUGGGAAAAUCCUGAGGAAUUUCGUCCGGAGAGAUUCCUUGAGACGAGCAGAGACUUUAGAGGUCAGCAUUUUGAGUUUAUUCCGUUUGGGGCAGGCAGGAGGGGUUGCCCGGGUAUUACAUUCGCGGUGGCGGUGGAUGAGCUUGCCUUAGCCAAGUUGGUACACAAGUUCGAUUUUAGAUUGCCUAAUGGACCGAAAAUGAAGGAGUUAGAUGUGAGUGAAUCUAGUGGAAUCACAACCCAGAAAAAGUGUCCUUUGCUUGUUGUAGCUACUCCACGUGAUUGUUAGGUCUUUCCAUUUUAAUUUGACUAUGAACUAUUAUGUAUAUAUAUAAGAUUAUAUCGUACCAGUGUUUAAAAAAUAAGACUGGAUUUUGACUGCGAAUCAACACGUUGUCGGAUCCAAUUAGAACAUAAAUCUGUUACGGAACGCCCAUCAGCAAGGUUAAGGGAGAUGGAACAGCAGCAGGAGGAAGAGAUUGACUUUGAUAGACGGGAGCAAGGAGAGCAGCAACAAGCAGGAUCAGCACGGAGGGAGCGAUCGGCACGGCGGCAAGCGAAACGGCCCGAUCGCUAUGCUGAUUAUGUCUCGCAUUAGGCGCAAGGAUUUUAUUUCUUUUUGAGUCUAGUAAUUAACAUUUAUAUUUAAAACUAGUAUUUUUAUUUUAAUUAUUCGUUGAGCGGAUGUUAAGUUCCUUUCCGGGUUUUCUUCGUUGAUUCUUUCCCGGAUCGUAGGUCGAAUCAACCCUAGGGUCCCUAGAUAUAAAUACGAGUGUAUUUUAUUUCCCUUCUCAAGAAAUAAAAUAUUUUCACGUAA